UCCGUUUACAGGUAGCGCAGAAUUCCCCUGCUUAUUUCCUGCAGCUUAGCGAAUGAUCCCCGUUCUUUAGAGAUCACCGAUUCAACGGAGCCAAGCUAGUGGAUGACGUCAUCGUGGCUGCAAUUACCUGGCCGCGACAGCACUUUUGACUUCCGGGCCCAGGGUGGAUCUAAACUGGGCAGUAAGCUGACACUUCCUGGGCAAGAAGAGCUGCGGGCAUAGAGACAUCGUUAUAGCAGUAAGUGGGAGGUGUAGCAGCAGCAAAGAGAUGCACUGGAAAUUGAUUUGAUUCAUCACCCAGAGACUAUAACGUGUGAACGCCUGAAUCACAUGCUGAUGGCCCCUUUGAAAGAUCGCUACCGGAAGCUGAAUGUGGAGACCCUGCUUCGGAGUGGGACAGAGCCUCCUGCUUUAAGAUCUGUAAUUACUGCACUAAAUAUUCUGGAGAAAUAUGGAAGGAAUUUGCUGUCCCCGCUUCGCCCCAAGUUUUGGAGAAGCGUCAAGUUUAAUAACCCUGUUUUUAAGGCACAGGUGGAUGCCAUUGAGGGUGGGCGUAUUGUGCUAUCCUUGUAUGGAUACUCAUGUGCUCUUCCAGAUGGUCUCAGUUUUCCAGACUCUGUGCAGGAACCAGACUUGGCUACAGUUGCUGAAGUAACUGCUGAUGUUAUUAUCCUGCAUCACGAGCUUAACCUGCUCAUCUCGAACUCGCACCCACGCCAGUUAGAGGCAGCAAAGGAACUGUUGGGAGGAUGCCUUUCACAGCAGUCUCCUGUUCUGGGAUCGAAAGAAAUGUAUCCAACUGUACCUCCAGGUCCUCCAGAAUCUCUCUCUGACAGAUGCUGCCUUUGUGGUGGGCUCAUGAUCUCCGUGUACUGCCCCUCAUGCCGAGAGACACUCUGUGCUUCCUGUGAUCACAGAGUACACAUACACCCCAGUCGCACUCACCAUCAGCGCACAACCAUCGACGCGGCAUCCAAGCUCAGGUCUGCAGGUCAGGGUGCGUUCACACUCCCAUCUUCUCGUCCUUUUUGGCAAUGUCUGACUUGCCACACUCUAAACAGGGGGGCCUCUGUGUUGUGUGUUGGAUGUGAACGCCCUCGCGCUUGUGGGAGCAGCCUUUCCAGUCAUUCACCAACAAGCACUACGCAAAAGGACACUUGGGAGUGUCGGGCAUGCACCCUGCAAAAUCCUUCCUCUGCUGUGCUGUGUGCUGUGUGUGAACGGCCUAGGCUAGCCAGUAAACCAUCUCAAGAUAGCCCUGAGGCCACUGCCUUGCCCCUGAGAGAUUUCCAAGACGCAGAAUUUUUCAUGGAAAAUUUGGUCUUCCCCGAUAGCUACAGCAGUAAAACGCUCACCUUUCCAAAGACGGAGAGACAUGAAUCGGUUGCCUUUUCAGAAAGAGAGAGCGUAAAGAAUACAGCUAUAUCAGUUCACAGCAGCCAUAACACAGUGGGCUUCCUCAAGAGCAAUGGUACAGGGGAGGGCUGGCAGUGCUCCCACUGUACCUUCUAUAACACUCGGAACGGAUGUGUUUGUGAAGUGUGUGACAGGACCAGCGAAGGCUUGUCUGCUACGGAUGAGCACAAAACCCAGGAUCCACAGAAACUCUCACACUACCAAGAGGAGAUGAGGCAGAAGAAGCUAAGCGAGGAUGGAGCCAAACUAGUUGCACUUAUACGGGAAGGGGAGAGGUGCGGUACUUCUCCUGAAGAAAUAUGCAGCGCUAUUAAAUAUUCAGGUACCGAGGUGCCCCUGCGGUGGCUGCAGACUGAACUUCCGUAUGUGCUGGAGCAUGUAAUUGAUGCUGUAUCACAGAAAGCGGGAGCCGAAGUGGGGGCUUUAACACCUGAUGAAGCUCGCAUUGCUUGGAUUGCAAGCGGCGGGGACACAGAAGAUGCUGUUGCACAGUGUGUGAUCGAGAGAAGGCGAAAGGUGGAGGAACUGCGUGCCCUGGGGUUCAUGGAUCAUGCCAAGGUGGUUGCAGCUCUGUUUGAAAGCUCUGGGGAUGUUGGGAAAGCUCUAAGCAUAUUACAAAGACCCCUUGUAGAGCCUUUCCUCGCACGCAUAUGGGCAGACCAACAGCCAGCCAUAAAUGUAUUCUCCGGAGACAGACAGGCAAUUCUCCGACGAUUGCUUGCAGAAUAUUCCCUGCCUAGUUGGGGCCGGGCUGAGCUGGCUUUGACUUUGCUUCAGGAAAGAGAAGGGCGUUAUAAUGUGCAGGAUGUUGUAGAAGCAGUAAGAGAAUCCCAGGACCGCGACUUUAUAAAGAGGAUGCUAACACAGGAGUGUGCAGUGUGUGGAUGGGAGCUCCCACGUAACAAGAUGCGCUCUCUUACUUCAUGCGAAUGCUGUAUUUGCCCUGACUGUUUCCGGAUACAUUUUACUGUGGCAAUAAAAGAAAAGCACAUCAGGGACAUGGUUUGUCCGGCAUGCGAGGCACCUGAGAUAAGCGACGAGGGUGAACUUAUUCAUUAUUUUUCUACUCUGGAUAUCCUGCUACGAGACACUCUUGAGGUUGAUGCAUAUAAUUUGUUCCAUAAAAAGCUGACGGAAAGAACACUAAUGAAAGACCCCAAAUUUCUGUGGUGCACUCACUGCUCCUUUGGGUUUAUUUAUGAAAGGGAUCAGCUGGAUGUGAAGUGUCCUCAAUGCGGGUGCAGCUUCUGUAGAAACUGUAAGCGGCCGUGGGAAGAGCAGCACCGCUCGUUAAACUGUGAGGAGUUUCAGAGCUGGAAGCGAGAAAAUGAUGCAGAGUAUCAAGCCCAAGGACUGGCCAUAUACUUGCAGGAGAACGGGAUAACCUGCCCCCACUGUAAAUUCUCUUACGCCUUGGCCCGGGGAGGCUGCAUGCACUUCAUCUGCUCCCAGUGCCGACACCAGUUCUGCAGUGGCUGUUAUAACACUUUCCAUCCCAAGAAUAAAUGCGCAGUACCUUCCUGUACAGUGAGGACAUCUCUUCAUGCUCACCAUCCUAGAGACUGUCUCUUCUAUCUGCGGGACUGGGAAGUGUCACGUCUUCAGAGACUCCUUCAAGUGUCCCAAGUGCAGUUUAACACAGAGCCCCCGACUGGUACUCAGACAGGCCCAGGAGGAGGGUGCCGAGUUAUGGAGCAGAAGGAAACUCUUGAGGGUCUAACAGAUGAAGCCUGUGGGAAGAUGACAGCCCCUGGCUAUGCCGGGUUGUGCGAGUCUCAUUAUAAGGAAUACCUUGUUAGCCGGAUUAAUGCUCUGUCUUUGGACCCCUGCGUUCUCUAUGAUUUGGGAGAGGUUAUCAAUGUAUGUCAGCGAUACCUGUCUGCGUUCCCAGCUCAAGAAAACCAUGAGGAUAAUGCAAGCUAUAGAGAUCGUCUUGUGAGAGUUCUAAUCACCGAGGUCCCUCUGAGCAUGAACAGCCAAAGGAAGCAACACCCAUAAUUUCACUUUCUGACUCAAAAUAGGCGCAUCCUUCUACCAGUGAGCUGAGGAGGCAACAUUCUGAGACGCCUAUACAUUGUACAAUUCAAACAGUUAUUAAAAGUUAUACACUAUA